AUGCAACAAGUAAAAAGAAUACGUGAGAAUGGAAGAAUUGAAACCAAUAUAUUACUUGAACAAAAACACCCUUCUUCCUGGGAUGAAACUGGGCAUCGAUGGUCACUCACUUCUUGGCGGAGUCACGAGCUUCCAGCCGAUGGGUCUUUUAGGUUCACAACAGACCCAAAUGGCACAGGUCAAAUCGUGAUCUUGAGGCCUGGGAACAUCCACUGGAGGAGUGGAUCUUGGAAGAAUCGUGGAUUUCAAAACACUGCUCUACAAAAUUUUUGCCCUGAUGUCCGCCUCUACUAUAUAUCUAACGAAACCGAGCAAUCCUUCAUGUAUUUAACAAAAACAUACGAUUCAUCGCCAGCUCUGAGGAUGCAUUUAGGCGGUCAGCUUAAGGCUUCAGCUCUUUCCGUUUACAUCCAAUGCCACUCAGGCUCAACGUACAAUACAGGUGUUGGUUGUGCUGAAUAUGAGUUUGAAGAGUUAAGUUGUAGGAAAGGCUAUUACUUUGAGAGGAGAAUUGGCAACGUAUAUAUAUAUGGGGACGUAUAUGAAUAUGAUGAAAGCUAUAACUUGACUUCAUAUGAUUGCCAAAGAAUAUGCUGGAGUAAUUGUUCUUGCAUAGCUUAUACUUAUGGAACAACAAACAGGUCAGAGUGCAAGACUUAUGGCAAAAGGAUAUACAACCCAACCCAUGCUGAAAAUUACCCAUUCAGAGUAUAUUACACCAUCGUUUAUGAGAGAGGAGUAUGGAAAAUUUAA